AUGGCGCCUCCCCUGCACACGGCAGCACCCGCCGCGAGCACCACGGUCGCCAGCACUAGCCGGGCAUUUUGCCAGGCUCGCGGAAGGUUGAUCAAGCUGAGGUGGAAUGGAGAAACUCGGCAGGGGACGGCGUUGAAGCCUGGCCGGUUGCAUGGGGCCUCAGUCUGGGCGAUCCAUCCACGGCAGCUGCGCUGCCGUCGAUUCGCUUGUACAGCAAGCCUGACAAUUAAAGAGAGGCAAACUGGAGUCGAGUUCAAGCUGGUGCAGAAAUUCUGGGAUGGUGGCAUUUGCAGGAACCUUGGUGCUGCUGCCCGAACGAAGAAAGUUGCGCUUUUUACUGUGAAGGUGUACGCCGUCGCCCUGUACGUUGAGGCUGAAAGAGCAGCAAAGGAGCUGAGGAUCAGGAGCAAGGGUGGCUUUGGAGAGGGGGACGAGGACUACUGUGCUGCGCUCAUUGAUGGUGUGUUCCAGAAGGCACUGCAGCUCACGAUGGUGAGGGAUGUGAGCAGUGACCAAUUCGUUGAAGCCAUCGAUGACGCUUUGAGGCCAAGCAUGCAGUUCAGAGGCGAGGUGGGGCCCCUGGAGGACUUCCAAGCGUACAUGCUCAGUCAGCGGCUGGACAAGGGCGUCAACGUGCUGCUGCUCUGGAGCACUGACAGCUACCUCGACGUGGCGGUGUUGCCACCCAGCACUUCUGCAUUCGAAAAGGUCACACCCGGCAAGCGCAUCGAGUCAACUUCCCUGGCUCGAGGCCUGUUUGAGAUUUAUUUGGGGGACUCCUCAAUAGUGCCCACGGCAAAAAAGGAGUGGGCAGAGGGUGCAAGGAGGCUUGUGGCCAGCAUAGAGGAGUAG